CAAACAAGCCUCUAGGGAUUAGGUUCAGAUGGAGACAAAGGGAUGAGAGAGGACAGAUUGUUCCUCAAACCAGAAAGGCAACUACAUCCACUUCUGUUGCUCCAAGGGCCAGUACAUCAAGAGCCAGACUAGUGGAACAUUUUGGGCCAGUCACUGAGGAGGAAGAAUCAGAUUGUUUCUUACCAUUGGAUGUACCAGAGGUGAUAUGUGGUUGCCUGACAAGCACCAUCCAUGUUGGCCCUGGGAAACAUAUAAUCCUCGUAGGAAUAAAUGGUCGCUACAAUGUCACAGUGCCUGUGCUGACCUGCACAACUUGUCUUAGCACCUGGACAGCAAACUUCGCAGAUCUGAUAAAGCAUGGGUACUGGCCUGCCACUGUCAACUGUGACACCAUAUACCAGGUAGAUCUGUUCAGCUCUUUUGAGGAGCUGAAAGUGUCAGCCCCAGGAAUGUCCUGUCUGGCGUUUAUGCGGAUUUUGGAGCAGCGAACUGACUUCUUUGGCAGGAACGGAAUGAUCUGUGGGGACACUUUUCAAAAAAGCUUCUUUGAGUGGACGUACUGCCGCUCUGAAGUUGAUCAGGUCUGUGAUAUACAGUACUUUGACUGCCCAGCCUGUUCCCCCGGCAUGCUUGCAGUGUCAGUGGACGGGAACAAGAAGCUGUAUCGAUUCAAAAAAGGGGUUAUGGAAAAGGGGUGGAGCAUCCCAGUGGACAGCAGCUAAAGAGUCGUCAAGGGGAAAAAAAUGACAAACUUGAUGAAGAGGGACUCGAAGUUGCCGUCUGCCGCCACGGAAUACUUCUAAGGAGCCUCAACAUGAUGCGUGGAGAGAUAUUUGCGUACCCACUGUUCUUGCAGAAGGAAUUAUCUGGCAGCAGGAACAUACAAUUCAUGUGUACGGAUGUGAUCUGCAAAUUUUGGCCAUACCUGACCAAAGUUGCCCUUCAUUGUCCAGAGCUCGCCACUCUUCUAGACAUGAAGCCACUUCUUUCCGUCAUGCAUGCAAAGGCACAUCGUUUGAAAUACGAGACAACCUCAAAAAUCCAGGAGGAGACCCAGACUCUCGAAAAGUUUAAGAGUGAUUUGGGUGUAGGCGAUGAGACUGGUACAACUGGACAACGGAAGUUCAGCAAUGGGCUAAUACAGAGGAAACAAAUGAGAACAUGGAUCGUCCCCAGGUACUACAGAGAACAACUGAAGUCCUGUUUCUUAGCAUCAAACAAAGGAAACAGAACCUCUACUGUCAGACAGAUGGAUGCAAGAAAGAUAUUGGAAGAAAAGGCCAAAUUGACAGCUGCCAUAGAGGAGUACAACACCCUUGUACCAGAUUCAGCAAUAACAUCUGCAGAUGAGAUCCUUUCCGCAGACCUUCAUGCAUGGCCUUGGGCGCUGCAUGGACAAACUGACCUACUCACAAAGAAAAUAGCCUUUGACCGGGUGAUGCUCCUGAGCCGGCUGAAGGAGGAAGAGUUAAUUGUCCUAAAGGAAGUCAAGCAGCACUGGGAAAGCCUAAAAAGGGAAUCGGAGAAUGUGCAAGACUUUGCUUCACAUGUGGCACUUGACCUAAGCAGGAAAAGCUGGAAAUUGAAUCAGUCAGAAGCUGGGAGCAGAGGUCUCUUCUCCAUGCUUCAGAGGAGAGUCAGCAGCCUCAGAAGACACCAGGACACUGUCAACCUGAUAUACAGCAAAGCUAUGGGCCAAGACACCUCCCUCCUAGAAAAUAACUUCAUAGAUGACCUCCUGGAAGAGGACCUAGAUGAUAUCUAUGACAGCAUCCACUACAGCUCUGAUGACGAGGAAUCUAUCACAGACUGAAGGUGUUCAUUUGGGUGGGUGCAGUUUGCACUGGGUGAAAAGUGAUUCCAUUUGUUUUGCGUAUGUGCUUUAUCUGCCUUCCUAAGGAAAAAUAGUUUGAUCAUUUUAUGGAAAAUAAACUUUUAUGUUUCUUCCUUGUUGACAAUGUGAUCAUGUGGCACAGAUUUGAGAAGGGCGCUAUUACUGCUUUUGCCCGGUUACAUGACCAGGUCCGAUGUACCCCUUUAAAUGUCCAAUCUGCAGUUGCUACAUCCACUUUUGGAUGCUUGAAGAAUAUAAUUGAUAAAUGCCUCAUGCAUAUAGUUCACCUGCCAUACACAAUCAGAUCCCAAAAUAUAUUUUUUUUUCUACUUGAAUGUUUGUAAACAAGGUAAAUGUAAACAUACACUAGCAUGUGUCAAAAUAAUUCCACUGUCUGCGGGUUUUCGCUCCUCCCAUAAUUGAUGAAUUAAGGUCACUAAUUAGUAAGGAACUCCCCUCACCUGCUUGUCUAGGUCUUAAUUGAAAGGAAAAAACAAAAGCCAACAGACACUAGGCUCUCCAUGGAAUGAGAUUGACACCACUGGACUAUAGCCUCGAAACAUGGUGUAAACUAUGGUUACAUUUCUCCAGCCCCAUCCCUCUGCUUUUUACAGAACCAUUGGCGGGGAGAACAAUUUUUUGUUUCACCUGGUGAUUUCCGAUUUAAACAUUGUUAAACUGUAAUGUACUGUGCUUGUGUGUGCUUAUUAGUUUAGUUAAUAAAAAACGAAAAAAGGUUA